UAAAAUGUUAAAAACACUGUCAAUGAAGCCGUCGAUCAAUGCGACCAAAGCCCUGAUUAUCGGCACUUCGGUAACAGUUUCGGUGGUUGUAAUCUACAAGAGUUACCGAUAUUUUCAAUCAAAACGGGUGUCACAGUCGUCGGUAAUGACCAGAUGUGCCGAAACACAGACUGACGGGUGUAUGAUUUCAACGCUGUCGUCGGUACUUAAAGUUAACGGCACUUCGAGUCCGACCAAAAACAACAAAACGAUAGACGCGGUCACGUUUGGCGGCUGCGGUGAUAUAGUGGCUCAAAGCGGCGGCGGUAGUCAACGACAGAGGACACACUCGUUUAGGAAUAGUCUGUCGCGAAACACAUUUGAUGAUGUGAUGAACAGUCCGUACUAUAAGUUUGGUGACUCGGAAGACUUUAUGGAGAGCUCGUCAAUCAUCUCAAACGCCACGACAACAACAUUGGGUUAUUGGGAAUGUGAGGAAAAUCUGCACUUCUUUGUCCUCUAUCAGAUGUCUUUGGCCGACUUGGACUCAAUAGUCAGUCCACGUGUUGACCGCAGCGUACAAAUGUGUUGUAACGACUACAACGAAUUCAAAGCCAAAGUCGAUUGUCUUCGGCGAGCAUUUGACCAAAUUUUGAGCGAAUCGGCCGACAAUCGGAACUUCUUGAAAGACAUGGGCAAAGAAAUAUUGGAAAUACUUCUCAAUCAUUCACUUCGGGAUCCGACAGAUUGUAUAUCAGCGUACUAUUCAUUCAUCGAUUACGUGUCCGAUACGUCCGGUCACAAAGAUAUCCAAAAAGAGAUAGCUUUACGGUCCAUACCCUGUCUGUCCUUUUACGACGUGGUCUUAGAUUAUAUAAUACUCGACUCAUUCGACGACUUGGAGAACCCGCCGUCCGCCGUCUCGUCUGUAGCCAACAACCGAUGGCUUUCGGCCGGUUUUCGAGAGUUGGCUCUCCAGACAGCUGUUUCGGCUGUCAUGCGCCGAAAGAGGUCAAAACUAGCCAUUCCUGACGGCUUUUUCGCCCACUUCUACUCGAUUUUAGAUCACGUCUCACCAGUCCUUGCCUGGGGUUUUCUCGGCUCUGAUCAAGACUUGAAAUUUAAAUGCUUUUUAGUUAAAGAGUCGCUUCAGUCGGUGAUCAGAGACUUCUUUUCAUUUGAUCGGUGCAGGUAUACAAACCUCAAUGAUCUCUGUGAAGACAUACUGAGGACAACACGCGAAAGAUAUUGGGAAUUGAAUAAUAAAUUAAUUUGUAGUAAUAACGUCUAA